AUGCAUUUUCAAGCAAGUGCCCUCGCGGCGCUUAUUGCGGUUGCCCACGCCCGGUUUGGCCAGGAGCAAAUCCCGAUCCCAGCAAUUGCCGCGGUCCAAGGAGGUGACCCUGGUGAAGCACAAACCAUCGCUGGUGCGGCUGUCAGCGACUUGCUUGCCGCCACGAACGCCUGUGCCAAACUCACGCGAGCCGAUCAGAUUAUCGCGGAGCUAGGAACCGGAGCCGACUCCAUUGCUGCUGCCAUUGGGCUCGUUGCUGCUGAGAAGAACUUCAAUCCAUUUGUCCAGUCAAUUCCUACCAUCUGUAGCGAUCCAACAUUGCCGGCGACUGAUGUCCUCCGUGGUAUCACUCCCUUGAUCGACCCAAGUGUUGUUGGCUCUGAUAUUGCCAAUGCUCUUUCUGCUCAGACUGUAGCUACUCCACUGGAUGCCACGGGGAAAAGCGUGGCCGACCUACUUGCCGAGAAUGGAUUCACCAAUUUCACUACUCAAGAUUCGACCGGCGCUACUGGGGCAGCUCCUGCUGGUAAUUCGGCCGGUACUGGAGCAGCCUCGACCACUGCUGCUGCUGUCGCUACAUCCGCUGCAGCUGUUGCAUGUGGAGGCGCCGUUUCGACCACCACUGCUGCCGCCGAAGCUGCUACGACUACUGCGGCGGCCGCGACUGGUGGUUCGGCUGACACCUCUGGCGCCGACUUUGGUCUCUGCGAGCCUACGAUAAAGUUCGAAGGCGGACUCGGCGGUCGCCCCGCCACUGAAUUUACCUUCCUGCCGAUCGACCCUCUGGUCGCAAAGGGACAACAGGAGGCCUUGAACCCUAACAUCAUUACGAACCGUAUCUGUGACCAACUGACGAAUGUAUGCGAGGCCAACGACGCAGCAAAGUCUCUCUGCCGCGAUGCUCAGGCCCAGAUCCAAGCCCUCGGUACCCGUGACAAAACCACUGCCGACACCUGGAACACUCUUUUGGGUUUUCCAGGAACCGUCACCAACCCGGAUGGUGGUGCAGACUCCCCACCUGCCAAGAUGCGAGUCGUUCGAGCAUACCGUCGUGCCUAG